CUUCACUUUUGCGUCUUGAACUAGUCAUGCAAGCCUCGACAACGAAGAGAAAGUCGCGGGGUGGCUACUUAGUCGCGUUUUGGGUUUAGCGUUUUCGGUUUUCGCGUUAACAACGGUCGAGUCAUGUUAUUUCCCAAGCUCCGCCUCGGACAGUCAAAGUUCUUCCGAGCUCAUGUACAUCGUUGGCCUACAACAUGGGGAGGAAGGAGGCCGUCGCAGCUGCGAAACUAGCGCUCGUCAAUCCAUGGAAACAACAUUCAUGGCGUCAUUAUUUUCGUGCCCUACUUCGCCAAUGUUCCUACCUACCAGACCCCGUUGCGAAAUGUAAUCUGCAUGACUUUGUUGUUCAAAGAUUUCGACGUUACGUGAUAGAAGAAAGACGUCCAUGGAUUAGAUGGAAUGCCGAGCGGCAGAUCAUUCUGUUUAAUGAAGUAAAGGAUACCCUGUCAUUACUGAAGCGGGCGAAUGCAGGAUAUUCCAAGCCACUCGAAAAAGUCAUCCGAAUGGCAUACGGACGAAAAGGGAGACGAAGGAAGGAAUUACUGAGCGCUUUGAUUGCCCCCGAUGUUCCUGCGAAUAAAACGGCUGUGGAAGAGGCCCUUCAACGACCCGAAAAAUAUGAAGAUGGCUGGGAACCUCCAUCAAUUGUGAUGGAGCUUCUGAAGUCCCAGCAGAACAACGGGAUUCUCUCGCAACUAAACAUUCGCCAAGUGAAACACCUUGAGCCGCCCAUACCUAAGAAGUGCAUCUGGGGAGAUGGAGUGGCCAAGUCACGAAGGAGAAACAUACGGAAAGAUUGGUAUACUGAUGUCCUCGAUCACCUCCUUCCGCCACUACCUGACCCCGACCUGGGCAUGUUGCAAGGAUUGGUUUCAGGAGAAAUGCCAUGGAACCCGCCCGAAUGGAGGAAACCAGUGAACCUUUCCGAAAGACAAAAGAAGAUUAGGCGAUUAACCCGCAGUUAUCUAAGAGCACUAUUAAAAGAUGGUCCUGUAAAAGGCCCAACAUUCAAGCCUUACUCCAAAGGACGCCCUCAUGUCAUCACGAGACGAUUUAUGCAAAGAAUCUGGAGGCGCACACUGUGCCUGAUCCCACACAUGGAGUGGGACGAGACUGCUAAAAAGCACACCUUUACAUGGGACCCGGCCAAGCCAACGCUUAGGCUCGGCAUUCCCGGCGCACCUGAAAUAUUUGAGGACGUUGAUGAACAAGGGAAGGUAACUACGACGCCAACUGGUUUGCUUCCUGGUGGAAUACGGGAUAGAGGCCGCAAGCCAUUCCGGGAGACGCCCUUUGAAAUGGGGUUAGAACCCAAACAUAUAAUCAACGAGCAAAGAAGCAACCGCCCACAUGACCUCCUCGAUUUUGACAUCAAAGACAAAAGAUCAUACAGGAAGCUACACGGAAGACCUUCGCGCAUGCAGUCCGACAAAUCACCCAGAAAACGUGACCGUUAGAUAUAGACUUAAGGUCUUCUAAAUUCCAGGACCUACGACUCUUCAUCUAAUGAAGGUAUGACAACGCCUCUGGUGUAAAUACGAUAUCUAGCAACAUGAACGUGCAGGGUCAAUCAACACCCUAGAAAAUCUGUAAUAAAACAUAUCCCAUUGCCUGAUCGAUAACAGUCAAAGCUACAAAC